AAAUUAUAGAUGAAGCGUUGCAUUUAUUGACUGCUGGCGAUGUUUCUGAUGCACAUAAAAUAGUAGUAACAAAAAUUGCUCCUGAAAGUAUCUUACAUAAAAAGCAUAAAGAAUUACAGGAAAUACUUGAAAAGAUCGAUCCACAUUCUGUACCAGAUUGGGAUCUUGGUGGGAAAAUUUUCCUGGAUUAUCUUGUAUUUAUUGCAACCGCUAAUGUGGAAGAGGAAGAAAGGAACUCCGCCAAGAUUACAGAUCUCAUGGGCAUUUGCCAGAAUAUUAUUAUUGGUCUCGCAAAGAUGAAACCCGUUGACUUUCGGUACGAACAAUGCAUUUCCUAUAUGGAAUAUUUGACAAACCAG